GACACUCUGGCAACACCUUUGGCGUUGUCUCCUUUUUUGUCGAAAGAAAGAUAGCUUCACCUCACCACCCACACACCACAACCACCACCGCACCGCCAAUACGAAACACACAAUCGGGCACGAUCAUCACGACCUCCGACGAGAAGAAGAAUAUAUAAUCCAGAAUGUGGCUUUCCGCCGUGCUCCUCUCGUACCUCACCGUCGCCUCGGCGUUGAAGUUCGACCUCCCCGCGCAGCAGAAAAAGCACCUCAAGCCGCGAUGCAUCCGGAACUAUGUGGGCAAGGACACAUUGGUAGUCGUGACGGCGACACUGUCGGGGACGAAGGGAGAUGGGCAGACCGUCAACAUCUACAUUAAAGAUACCGUCGGCAACGAGUACGGAAAGGCGAAGGAUGCGGUUGGCGAGACGCCUCUGGCAUUCACCAGUCACGCCGAGGCCGCGUUCGAUGUUUGCUUCGAGAACACGCUCUCCGAUGGCAGGAAACUUGGCCUCGCUCGCUCCAUUGAGCUAGACGUCGAUAUCGGUGCCGAUGCGCGGGACUGGUCCGCGAUCCAAGCGGCGGAGAAGCUGAAGCCGGUCGAAGUCGAGUUGCGACGCAUCGAAGCCGUCACUGCCGAGAUCGUCAACCAGAUGGAUUACCUACGGCGGCGCGAGCAGAAGCUCAGAGAUACCAACGAGAGCACCAACGAGCGUGUCAAGUUCUUUUCUUUGGCGGUUAUGGCUACGCUGGUGGGACUCGGAGGGUGGCAGGUCGUGUACCUCAGGGCGUACUUCAGAAGCAAGCACCUCAUCUAGUAGAUACGUUGCGGGAUGGGAUCGAGCGACGGGUUGAUGGGUUCUUCUUUAAUGGCGAGAGAUAUCAUGGGAGAAGUGACCGAGAUGGGUCGGCGGAGUCGGAUUGUAUCAAAGAGCAUGCGUCUCCGUAGUAACGAAUGCCGUGAUGAUUUUUCCGUUCUAC